UUUGAAGUGCGGUUCAAGCAGAAGCGGAAGACGAUCGCAGAUGGAUGAGUUUAUGGAUCACUGACUUUCGGAUGUAAAUAAGAGAAUUAUAGCAGCAAGAGCGCGUGCACUGACGAUAUCUCUCGGGUGGUGUGUUGUAGAGUCACUGCAAGGGAAAUAAAAAGGAAAGAACGCAAACGGUCAUCGGAAGAGCGACCUCCCAAAAUGCUAUCUGUUUUUAAUCAGCUGGAAAAAGAAUUGGUUGCAGUCUAUCUGAGAGAUUUCCCUCUCACCCAGAGGCGCAUGCAGAGAGUGUGUCUUAUCAUCGGGACAUUUGAAGAAGAUUUCAGACGUGCUACUGGAGCCAUUACACACGCAUUCAAUGCAGAAGUAGCUGGAGGGUUGAUGAUGGGUUUGGGGUUAGUUUUAGCUCCAGUUCAUCAGGGCAUUUCUGCUCUUAUCGCAGGAGCAGGAGCAGCUGUGGUUUCAGCCGCUGUAAUCAGUGAGAAAACCUGCCACAAGAAGAUCAUGAGCCUGCAGGCAAACUUAAUACAAGACACUGAAGCUGAACUGAGGGCAUUUCAGCAUAAAAUCACUCCUAUGAUGGACAAGAUGAAUGAGAUCAGUCAGCACGUUUCUGAAAUAUUAAGAGACCUCAUUCACCCAGGCCGUGAUGUUGGGUAUUUAAGUCAGUAUUUUUCAUCUGCCAGUGAAGUAGUGCGUUUCAUACAGAUAUAUGACAUUAGUGUGUUGGCUGCACAGAUAAAGUCUCAGACAUCAUGUUUGUUAGGAGCUCAAUUCAUCAGAGUUCUGCCAGAGAGAAUGGCACUCCAGCAGAUGUGGAUAGAGAUGGUUCAGUUAGACAAUGUGAUGGAUGAAAUGACUAAAACAAUAGAAAGAAUAGCAAAUCAGCCCAACUAAAUAUAACAAUAUGAAGGGCUAAACGAAACAAGAAAGCUCUUUGACUUGCUCUGACUAUUCCUGGGAUAUAGAGACUAUAGAAUUUAAUGUCUAAUUUUUGGUAUGCAUUUACAUGUAAACUACAAACACUGCUCUUGCUCUGCGUUGUCGAAUAAAAAA